AUGGAGCUUCAAUUGAAUAGUCCUUGGACAUUUUAUUACUUCCAAAAACCUACAGCCGAGCAAGGUGAUAUCCCUUAUGAGCAAUGUCUUCAUAAAAUCGGAAAAUUCGAAACAGCAGAACAAUUUUGGCAAAUAUAUUCACACAUGCAAAGACCGCAUAAUCUUCCAAAUACAAUUACUCUCAAUCUCUUUAGAAAUGACACGCGUCCAAUGUGGGAAGAUGAAGCUAAUCGCAAAGGUGGUUCAUUUUUAGUAAGACUUCAGAAAAAUCAAGUUAAAUCAUCUUGGGAGCGUUUAGUUCUUAAUCUUAUUGGUGAGCAGUUCCCCGAAGAUGUCGUAGGAAUUGCUGUUUCAACAAGAGCCAGAGCAGAUUUAUUUUAUUUCUGGCAUCAGCAUGCUGCAGACGCAAAUAUACGUCUUGACAUUGCACAGACUAUCACAAAACUAUUAGAAUUACCAAUUAAAUUUAAGAUAGAUUAUAACCCCUUCGAUCCGGAUUCAGUUGGCCUUGAUCCGAAAAUGUACAUUCAAUAUAUUGUUGAUGCUAAUGGACCUAUAGAGAAGUUCUCUCCUAAAUUUACAAAGCCUGAACACACGGCCCCAGCUUCCAACUAA